UGGGCUCUGCCAACGAUAGAGAGCUGCCACUCGAUGCAAAACACCCAAGUGCUACACCCUUGGAGAAGAUCUCAAGUGCGAUUCCCUCCGACAAGACCCCCAGCGUCAUGAAGCUUCCAGCCGAACUUCUGUACACCAUCUUCGACAUGGCCGACCCUCGGCCCGCCUACAGCGACUGGAAGAAGUACAUCACGCACCUGGAAGCCGAACAAGACGACUGUGGCGCUCACGAUCCUCCUGACCGGGACCCCCCUCCAUCACCAACCCAUUAUCCUCACCAUCUCGCUCAUGUUUGUCGGCGCUGGAACGCUGUCCUCGCCGGGUCUCCGGGCCGCUGGACAAACCCCGUCAUUUUCUUGGACCACAACCUUGAGGAAACGCUGGCGGACCUGGAGAUGUCUCUCCGCUUAUCUCAAGACCUCCCGCUGGACGUGGUGGUCGACUACACGAUGAAGAUGGAGAAGGCUGAUAUCGAAGCAUACUGUUACGAUGAGCCGUCACGAAGCCGUGCCGUCAUCGAGGCUUUGCGUCCGCAUUUCGAGCGAUGCAGAAGCAUCACGUUCGAGACGAUGCUCGGGAUGUCCCUCCCGUCUCCCUCGAGAGACUUGUCCGGUGUUUCGUCGAUCUUGAGAGGUCUUACACUUAAAUGCAGAUACGACUCUGAACACCCCACCGAUAUCUUGUUCGGUCCAGACCCUGUGCUAGGUUCUAACCUUGCUAGCGGCCGGCUUACGGACUUGGGCGACAUGUACCUCUGCGGGUACACUGUCAUCGAUGCUUGCAGGAACGCCCCGCACCUCGUCCAAGCGGCGAAAGGCACACUCACGCUACGCAACUUUCAAGCGAGAGACGGAGAAACGGCGGAAGACAUGGCCCCUUACUUCCUCGAGGUUUUGUCCCUCUCGCAGGUCCAGCGGGAAGAGAUCGUGCUGUACGACAUCGACCUUCCGCUCUGGGAACCUAAGGUCGCCUUACUCUCCCAAUCGUUUUCUAUCCGAAACUUUACGACAUUGAUCGACCUGAGCUAUAACACCAUGCGCAACAUCUUGGAGUUCGUAGAUUUUCGGGACGCAUGGGAUCUCACCAUCAAACGGUGCCCCCUUCCGGAAGAGGGCGCCGAAUUGGGCCCUGUCCAUUACCUGCACCUCAACGACAUCGCUGGCUGCGAGUAUAACCUCGCCGAUAUGCUCCUGGAGUGGGACGGCCUGCACCUGUCCAUAACGAACGGAGGGGAGCUGGACGACGUGCUCCGCAUGCUCGCCAGGCGUCGCCGUCGGGGCGACUGUUACAUGGACGAGCUCGAGCUUAGCUACUGCAACAAGUUCUCGGUCGAUGCGACGAAGAAGUUGUGCAGGUCACGGACGCCUGGCGGUGCGAAGCUAAUGUCGCAGAUGCAUAGCAUCCAAGUGACGGGGAUUGGCCCAGUGAUAACGAGGGAAGAGAGACAGUGGUUCAAGGAGAAGUACCCUGGCACGAUAACUUGGACGAAUGAGAUGAUGGACGAGGGGGGGAAUUCGUAUCAUCCGGAUAGCGACGAGUCGUCGAUCUUUGGAGCGGGCGAUCCUGAUGAAGAAUAGC